CUCCCCUCCCUUUCUCUCGCUACCAUAUUGUUUAUCAAGAGGAAUUUGCAAAUUCCACUGCUUGGGAGAGAGAUAUCUGAGACAUGGGUUUUCUUGGAGCCAUUGCCAGACAUCUGGAUACACUAGUCGGUCCUGGUGUGAUGCUACUCUAUCCUUUAUAUGCGUCGAUGCGUGCAAUCGAGAGUCCUUCAUCGUUGGAUGAUCAGCAAUGGCUAACUUAUUGGGUGUUAUAUUCUUUGAUCACACUCUUUGAGCUCUCUUGUUGGAAGUUCUUGGCUUGGUUUCCAUUGUGGCCGUACAUGAAGUUGGUAUUUUGUUUCUGGUUAGUGCUCCCGAUUUUCAAUGGGGCUGCGUAUAUCUAUGAAAAUCUGGUGAGAAAAUACGUUAAGGUUGGAAGUUAUGUGAGCUCGACGUAUCCAGAGAGCCAAAGGAAAGUCCUGCAGAUGAUGAGCUUGGAUGCCCGAAAGUCUGUGGAGCGCUACAUUGAAAAAUAUGGACCCGAUUCCUUUGAUCGGGUCGUUAAAGCAGCUGAAAAGGAAGCAAGGAAACGCUGAUCCCAUCCACAUACAAUUCAUUUGGACCCCUCUCAUGCUCUCUUUAUCUCUCUACACAUGUAAUUCAUUUGGGAACUUAUAAUAAUAAUGGUUUCUAUUUCUCUACCUGAGAUUCCACAUUCAG